UGACGUAUACAAUGCGCAGUUUGGCGUCUGCGCAAUACCGGAAGCAAAUAAAAGCUCUUUAGCUACAGCUACAUCUCUUCUAAAUAUUUGGUGAACAAGAGAUCGACAAAACAAACAGCAGGUAGCUGCGGGAAUCUCUUGAAUGGAAGUGGCUAGGCCCCGUGCGAUGGGUCCAGAGAGAAUAUUGCCGAACUCAGAGGAGGAUCUAGUGCAGGAUCGACCUUUAGAUACCGCUGUACCAGAGGAGUGGAACGGAGAGGAUGAGGAUGAAGGAGGUGCUGAAGACGAGGAUGAGGCCAAUGAAGGCUAUUAUUAUCAACCUCUUAACCAAGACCCAGACGGGAUGAACGGCACACAGGCAGAGGCUACCGAUGAAGGAACCGCCGCCGAUCAGCUUCAGGAGGUCCAGGAGAGAAUAGAGGCCAUGGGUCUGUUCUUACCUCAGCCUCCACCCCCAGACAGUGAUGAAGAGGAGGACCUUGAAGGAGCAGCUGCCCAUAUGAGUCACGCGUCUAUUCCCAUGGAUGAAGAUCAUGUUGAGCUGGUGAAAAGGACCAUGGCCGCUGUAAAUUUGCCAACGCUGGGUAUCCCUGCCUGGGCCCGGGACAUCUCAGAUGACCAGUGGAAGGAUAUGGUCCAGCAGACACUUCAGACCCGACAAAGCUCUGCAGGACUAAGACUGGAACGCAAGUGAUGAAGCCGUUUCAUCUCAUCCACUACAAACAUUAAAAGCGUCUGACACACAGCAACCCUGAAGAAACCACGUAAAAUAUGGACUGAAAUUCAAAUGAUUAACUUUUUAGUUGUUGUGAGUCUGAACCCAAAAUGUAUCACUCACAAGUUAUGCAGUGUUUUUAUGUUACUCUUAAAUACAAUUAAUGCUUAAAGUCGAGGAUUUUUGUAAGAUUGGUGGCUAGUGCACAAAUGUAUAGACUAAACCUGCUGCAUUAGUUAAGUGUUGUUUAAGUCACAUUUAUCUGAUUGUUAACAGACCAGCACCUGUAAAAAAAAAAAAAUCAAAUGUGUAUCUUGCACUGCUUUGACUACACACAUCGCCAUCUCUUCUUUUCUUUCUUUAUUUUUGUUCUGUACAUACAUGGACAUCUGUACAAAAUAUGACUUUCAUACUAUGUAAUGCUCAACCUAAUUAAAGUACACAUAUGUACAUAUGA